GAGAAUCACCGAGCACCCAACUUCUCUCUAGCUCUGCGUCACGGAGCGUGUCCCCUUCCAAAAAGCCUCGUCUAUUAUCGCCUUCCCGUGACGGGCUUCGGAGGCAAAAAUGGAGACCAUUUCACGGAUCUCGUCCAUGCUGGAAACAGCCCGCGAGCUCACCCUCGAAGCAGCGCAGUCCGCAGCUUUGAAUAGAGGCUCCAGCACGGGGGUAUCUCCCCGCAACCUGACGGCCUCGCAUAUCAAGAAACUAUUGGAUAGUCGGAGUGACCGCGAAGUCCUCGAUGGCAUGCGACGGGUGAUCACAUUGAUGUACCGAGCUGAGCCAUCACUGCCUUUCUUCUCCGCGGUUGUCAAAAAUGUAGCAAGCGCCAACUUCGAGGUUAAGAAGCUGGUCUACAUCUACCUGGUCCACCAUGCGGAGACGGAACCGGACCUUGCGCUGCUGUCCAUCAACGCCAUCCAGAAGUCGCUUACAGACCAGAAUCCGCAUGCGCGCGCCAUGGCGCUUCGUACAAUGGCUGGGAUCAGAGUCCCGGUCAUCAGUCAGAUUGUAUCCCUUGCUAUCAAGAGGGGAUGCGGGGAUAUGAGCCCGCAUGUGCGCAAGGCCGCGGCAUUGGCCAUUCCGAAGUGUUAUCGCCUGGAUCCAAACUCCCUGCCGCAGUUGGUUGGUUAUAUCAUAACGUUGCUCGGGGACUCCCAGUACUUUGUCCUGGGGCCCGCUGUGGCCGCGUUCCUGGAGGUUUGCCCCGACCGGAUUGACCUGAUCCACAAGCACUACCGGACCCUUGUCAAGAAGCUGGUUGAUAUGGAUGAGUGGAGCCAGCUUGCAACGCUGCGCCUUCUAACUUUCUACGCCCGGCAGUGCUUUCCUCGCAAAACCAAAAAAGUCAAGCGCGCGACAGAAACCAAGGGAUUCUACGAAGAUGACGACAAUGGCGACGAGGUGACGGACGAGAACGAGGCCGAUUUGGAUGAGGUACCCGUCUUGGAUCCGGACCUGGAACUUUUCCUGCGCGCUUGUCUGUUGCUGUUGCAGAAUCGUAACUCAGCGGUGAUCGUUAGUGUUGUCCGCUGUUUCCUUCAUCUCGGCACGCCCGAGUACCUUCAAGCUGCUGUUGGUCCGCUCAUCGCUCUGCUCAGAAGCCCCCAAGAUGUGCAGCAUGUUGCGCUCUACAAUAUUGUGGUCGUGGCUUUGAGACAUCCCAAGCCAUUCACGAAGUAUGCCACGCAUUUCUUGGUUCAUGCCAUCGAUCCGCCUCAUAUAUGGCGUCUGAAGCUCGAAGUGCUCACGAUAAUAUUCCCCCACUGUGGACAACAUCUAAAGAAUGUGAUCCUGAGCGAGCUCCAGCAUUUCUCGCAAAGCACGAACCCGGAGAUGGUCCGAGAAAGUGUACGCGCGAUAGGACGUUGUGCGCAAGCUGAUACCAGCGCUGCAAAUCACUGCCUGCGAGUCUUGCUCAGCCAGAUCACGAGCCAGGACGAUAAUCUGGUAGCGGAGUCAUUGACCGUCAUUCGUCAUCUUAUCCAGCAAGACCCUCCUUCGCACGAAAAGACGGUCAUUCAGUUAGUAAAGCAUCUGGGACUGACAAGCAAUCCCGAUGCAAGAGCUACGAUUGUGUGGCUUGUCGGGGAAUUUGCCGGUGCUGAACCCGAAAGGAAUAUUGCUCCCGAUGUCCUGCGAAUCCUGGUUCAGGACUUCGCCAACGAGGCCGAGGCCGUGAAGCAGCAGAUUGUCCUUCUCGGCGCAAAGGUCUAUCUCCAUCAUUUGCUACGGAACCCACCUAAGGAGGAGCCAGAGGCACAAAUGCCACCGCCAGCUAAAACGGAGGAGGCAGUCGUCAAUGAAUGGGCCGACACUCCGAAUGAGCAAGAGCCUGAAACCAAUGGCCAGGAAGAGCACAAGACCUUGCUUUGGCGGUAUAUCCUUCUUCUGGCCCGAUACGACUCCUCCUACGAUCUUCGCGACCGAGCACGACUUUACAAGGCUCUCCUUGCGUCUCCUUCGAUGACGCAGUUGGCCAACCUACUUCUUCUCGCACCCAAACCUGUUCCCCAUGCCCCCAGCCCGUCCGAGACGCGCAAGGAUCUCUUGAUAGGCUCCUCGACCCUUGUGAUCGGGCCAGACGCGGGCAUGCUCGGACUCAAGGGUUAUGAGAACCUUCCUGACUGGGUCGCAGCCGGGCAAGAGCCCGACCCGCGCCUUCGCGAAUCAGAGGUCAAGCCAGACCCCACCGGACGGGCAUCGAUGACGGCAGGCGAGCGGCUUGAUCAGGCUCUCAAGGAGCAUGAGCAGAGUGCCUCGUCUUCCAAGAAGGCACAGCUCGGUCGUCCAGGAGGGGCAUCUUCGAAGGGCAAGACGUUGGACGAGUGGCUAGAGGAGCCGGAGUCUGAGAGCGAGGAUGAAACGGAGUCAGAAGAGGAGGUAACUGACUCUGAGUAUGAGACCGAUGAGGAGGAGACGGAAGAAGAAGAGACUGAAGAGGACGAAUCGGAAGAGGAAGAGGACGAGACCGAUUCUGAAGACCAGGGGCAGACGACAGGACUCUUGAAACGGUGA